AUGGUGAAUGCCUUCCUCUACGGGGCGUCCAGCACCGUCAUGGACUUCAUUUUGCUCGGCCGGAACUCUGGGGUACAGGCCGUUCUCAGGAGGGCCCCAGCCAAGAACAAAUUCGGAGAUGUUAUCGGGCGGCUCGACACCUCAGAAGAUUCAGUGACAGUCCUCGUGAGACAAAUGGACGGGAUCACAGAUGCAAAGAUGAUUCGGGAGGCGGAGGUCUUCCGGAUGACGCUGGUUGGUUGUGAGUGA